GUCCUUCGCCGCUCGCCUUAGGCCGGGCGGAAGUGACCCGUCACAGCUGCUCUUUCGCUGCGCCUGAAGCCUAAAGGUGCCCACCAACGUGUUCCGGUGUCGCUGGGGUCCGACGCUGCUGGUGGCUCCAUGGCGUUCAAGUGCCAGCGGGACAGCUGGGUCCGGCAGUUCACCACGCAGGUGGUCUCCUGCUGCCCUGCAAAACUGUCCACAGAAAAUGGUGGAAAGAAGGAGACACUUCAGGGAUUCCAUGUCAUCUUGGAAGACACUAUUCUUUUCCCAGAGGGUGGAGGGCAGCCCGACGACCGGGGGCUCAUUAAUGACAUCCCAGUAUUAAGGGUCACCCGACAAGGUCCAGAUGCUCUACACUUCGUCCAGACACCCCUUGAGCCAGGGAGCGAGGUGCAGCUGGUGCUGGAUUGGGACCGGCGCUUUGACCACAUGCAGCAGCAUUCCGGACAGCAUCUCAUCACAGCUAUUGCGGAUCUGAUGUUUGGAUUCAAGACGACAUCAUGGGAGCUAGGUCGCCAACGAAGCACUAUAGAGCUGGACACCCCCUCGAUGACAGCAGAUCAGGUGGCAGCCCUUGAGCAGAGCGUGAAUGACAGAAUCCGAGCCAGGAUCCCGGUGGUGGUGCGAGAGCUGGCAGUGGGCGACCCUGAAGUUGAGCUGGUGAGGAGCCGUGGAUUGCCGGACGACCACACGGGGCCCGUGCGGAUUAUAAGCAUCGAGGGUGUCGAUGCCAAUAUGUGUUGUGGCACGCACAUCUCUAAUCUCAGUGACCUGCAGAUGGUUAAGCUCUUGGGCACUGAAAAAGGGAAGAAGAACAAGACCAACUUAGUUUUCCUCGCUGGGAACCGAGUGCUGAAAACUUUGGAGCGAAGCCACGCAACCGAGAAGUCCUUCACAUCACUGCUUAAGACUGGCCCCGAAGAGCACGUGGAAGCUGUAAAGAGGCUACAGAACUCUCUGAAGCUGCUUCAGAAGAGCAACUUGAACCUGCUGAGGGAUUUGGCCAUCCUCACAGCUCAGAGCUUAAAAAACAACCUGGAUCAGGAACCUAUUCUUGUGUUGCACAGGAAAGACGGUGAUUCUGAGUUCAUGAACAUCAUUGCGAAUGAGAUUGGCGCUGGGCAGGAAACCCUCCUUUUCCUAUCUGUGGGAGAUGAAAGAGCAGCUGGGCUUUUUCUGCUCGCGGGACCCCCAGAAGCUGUGGAGAAACUGGGCCCCAGGGUGGCUGAAUUGCUGGAAGGAAAAGGUGCUGGGAAGCGGGGCCGCUACCAGGGCAAAGCCACGCGGAUGAGCCGGCGGCCAGAGGUGGAAGCGCUCCUCCGGACGUUUGUCAGCGAACAGAGCACAGAGCAGUGAUGGGAUGGACAACGGGAGUAAAUGGUGCACUGUGAAUAUGACAACCGUUCUUAAGGACUGUAAAGUAAUAAACUAAGGAUUCCUCCCCCUUUA